CCUAAAUUCCGCUCGAUCCUUUUUUCCUCCCACCGCUAAACCAUCUCCUAGAAGGAUUCGUUCUCCCUCCUUCCACCAGACCCUCUAAAUCUAAUCUAUAUAUAACUCCAUUUCUUCACCUCUCAUAAUUUCCUUGUACCCCAAUCACCCAACCCUAACUGCCCUUUUCCCUCUCUCUCUCUUCUUCCUCUCUCGCUCGCCGCCUCCUCCUCCUGCACCGCUUGCCCGGUCGCCCUUCCCUCCUCUCGAUCGGAUUCCGAUCUCUGGCGGCUUUUCUCGUUUCCGAUUUAGGGAUAAACUGCUGGGCACCUGAGUUCGUUUCUUUUUUUUUUUCCUCCUUCCUCCCCGGUGUUGCGCAUCUCGGUCCACAACGACGACGCCAAGAUCUCAUCGUCGGUCAUUGUGAAUGGUGGAAAUCUUAGGAUUAGGUAAUUACAUGCUCUCCCUUUGCCAAUCAAGGGCGGGCGUCGUAUCUGCUGCCUCUGCUUUCGCUUUCGGCUCCUGCAAGGAAGGCUGGUACUUCCGCUGCCAAGGCGUCGACCCCUGAGAUUCCCCUCCUGCUCCGCCCCGUUCGCCUCACUCCGGCGAAUUGUAUUGUAUUCAUAUUUUCCUUGAUUUGAAUUUGAGAGGGGAGAACAAGAAGGAAGGAAGAAGAAAAACGCACACAAAAAAAAUUCUUUUUGUUAGGUUUUCAAAAAAUAUUUCCUGGUUUCGAUUUCGGAUUCUGAUUGUUCGAGAGAGAAGAGAAGAGAAAAGAAAAAGGAAGAUUGGAAGGAUGUUGCUUCACAAGACGAAGAAGAAUCAGGGCGGUGCCUCCUCGAAAGGCAACCGGCUGCUGAUCAGCGUGUCUGUUCUCGGCAGUGCCGGGCCAAUUCGGUUCGUUGUGGGCGAGAAGGAGCUCGUGGCUGCGGUAAUCGAUACCGCGUUGAAGUCUUAUGCUAGGGAGGGUCGGCUUCCGGUGCUCGGCUCCCAUCUCAAUGAUUUCUUUCUCUACUGCCCCAGCGCUGGCUCUGGAGCCCUGAGUCCAUGGGAGACAAUCGGGUCUAUCGGUUGCAGAAACUUCAUGCUGUGCAAGAAGACAGCAGGGAUGAAGAUCGAUGACGAAGGUGGAAGGUCACCUACAACUGCAGCUGUCGCGCAGAAGAGGAGCGGGAUCUGGAAGACAUGGAUCAAUAAGUCUUUCAAUCUCAAGGUUUACUCUCACUGAGCUUCCCAAAUCGUCGAGUUAUACUCUACACACUUUGUACCCUUUGUAUGUUUUGGAAUCCCAAUUGCAUAAACGCCAGAUUGAUGAUUAUUGGCCAUACUUGUUUUCCUCCAUUUGAGCUUUUGUUUGGUUUGGGGCUUACUCUGAUAAAACCAGAGCAGAAAGACUACUCCCAUGGAAUAAAGUUCUUCAAUGAAACGAACAGUAAUUUUUUUUCUGAGCUACUUACUAUAUUCGCUUGGUCUGAAAGAGUCUUAAAUCCGUAUUAAUUCUUCUUGCCAGUGGUUUGAUAUAAUAAUAUUGCACCGUGUUGAUGUGAAUCAUCCGCCGGCCUGUCAACCAUUUAGUAUUGUGCUGUUCGAGCAGAGAUUUUAUUUGACUAGAAUACAAUAGCUACGUUCUAGAAUACAGCUGCAGACAUAAGUUUGAUGUGGACUAGUUUG